CAAAUAACAUCACUACACUGAAAAGUUUUGUUCACUUCAUUUGUGAAAACUUGUAAUUUUUAUUUUUCAUUAUAACAAAACAAAUUUUCAAAGUAUUUGAAAAUUAUUUUUUUUUUUUACUCAACUUUUUACUAUUUUUGAAUUCAAGUGUUGAAGCAUUUUUUGGUGCAAAAAUAUAUUUCAAGUGGUUAAAACAGUUUUUUUUUUUUGGAAAAAUUUACUAUCGAAAUAUAGAAAAAAUGGCAUUCAACGAUAUGAGAUACCGUUCAUUUUCCUCUUCAUCGAAUGAAGAGAAUUUAAUUUGCAAUUCUGCAACUGAUGGUGGAAUUUUACCGCCAACACCACCGCACGAUUAUCAAGAAUUUGGAAAUUCAAGAUUUGUACCGGUCAUCAAUUAUUGUCCAGUGAAUCAACGUUCUCUCGUCAAUGUUUCACCAAAAGUUUCAAUUUCAAAAGAAUCAAAAACUGAAGGAAGAAAAAAACGUCCAAGAACUGCAUUUACAAGCGAGCAAUUAAUUCAAUUAGAACGUGAAUUUGCAACAUCUCACUAUAUUCAUCGUACACGUCGUAUUGAAUUGGCAAGAAAUUUGGAUUUAUCUGAGCGUCAAAUUAAAAUUUGGUUUCAAAAUCGUCGUAUGAAAUUGAAAAAAGAAACAAAAAGUGAAAUUAUUGUUGCUGAUAAAAAAUGUAUUCGCAAUACAAUAAUGGAGAAUUCAAGGCAAUUAAUACCAAAUGUACAAAUGUCAAGAGGUGAAUUAACAAAUAUCAAUAAUAAUAAUCAAUUAAUGGAAUCAACAUCGUGGCCAACAAAUCAUGGAAAUUCAAUAGAUAGAAAAAUUUCUGUUAUUAUACCACAAUCAAAAUUCAAUCACAAAUAUAUGAAUGAAAAUAAUUAUCAACAAGAUUAUUUUCCAAUACAUCAUGAUGUUAUGGGAAAUUUACGUUAUCAACAAUCGCAAGUUUAUCAACCAGUUCAACAUGAUUUUUUUGAGGUAAAUGAUUCAAUUAACAAUUGUCGUUAUCAACAAUCGCCGGUUUGUCAAAAUAAUAAUAAUAAUAAUAAUCAACAUCAAUAUUUGUCAUAUGCACCAAUUCAAUAUGAAGAUUAUUCAUUUGCCAAUGAAUUGGGAAAAUAUGUUGAUUUUCAAAAUGAAAAUUGUUCAAAUUUUACUGAACUUUAAAAAAAAAAAAAAAAUUUGUUGAAACAUUCAAAAAAAAAUUAUUGAAAUAAUUUGUAAUUUUUUUUUUUCUUUUCUGUGUAGUAAUUAUUUUUUUUGUCUCUAGUCAAAAUAUAGAUUUAGUUUUUUUUUUUUUGUAAAAUUGAUUGUACAUAUAUUUUUAAAAAGUUAACUUGUUUUUUUUAAAAUUGCGAUCGUAUAGUUUUUACUGAUAGUUUCAUUUUAGGAUUUUGUAUAUAAAUAAUGUAUUUAAAAAUUAGAAGUUAUAAAAAUUAUAUGUAAAAACUAAAUAAUUUAAAAAAUAAGAAAAUGUAUUUUAAUUGAAAAAUGAAUUUAAAAAUUAAUCUAAUUUUAGUAAAUUAUAAUUAUAUAUAUUAAUAUUAAUAUAAUUUAUAUAUAGUAAGAAAUUAUUUCUUUGUACAAAUUUUUUAUUUUCAAAAUUUUAUUUGAAAAGUAGAUUUAAAUAAAAAUAUUGUUAACCACGCUUAUUCGAAUAUUUUUAGAAUUUUUCUGUUGUAUAUAUAUAUAUAAUGUAAAAAAAAAGUAAAUUAAUUUUCGUAUAUUUUUUUUUUUUAAUGUAUUGUCGUUGUACGAAAUUGUAAUAUGCGAAAACUUAAAUUUAAGUAUAAUUUCAAUAUUUAAAUAUAUUUAUAUAUAAGAAUAAAUUAAUAGAAUUUAAGAAUUAUUGGCUUGUGUAUCUGGAAUAUAAAUGUUUAAUAAAAUUUUGUACUCUUUUAUA